AUGGACAAUCUCACCUCAGGGGGCACAUUCUUCCUGCUGGGCUUUGCCACCACGUUGGAGCUGCGGGUGCUGCACGCUGCCCUCUUCCUGCUGCUCUACCUGGCCUCACUGCUGGGCAAUCUGCUCAUCAUCACCCUCACCACCAAGGACCACCACCUGCACACGCCUAUGUACUUCUUUCUGGGGAACCUGUCUGUGCUGGACCUCUGCCUCAUCUCUGUCACGGUGCCCAAGUCCAUCAUCAGCUCUGUGAUGAACGACAACACCAUCUCCUUCCUCGGAUGUGUCUCUCAGGUCUUCUUCUUCUUCCUCCUGGCCACAACAGAGGUGGCGCUGCUCACGGUUAUGUCCUACGACCGCUAUGUAGCUAUCUGCCAUCCUCUCCGUUACGAGCUCAUCAUGAGCCCUGGGGCCUGCAUGCAGAUGGCGGCCUCCUCGUGGGCCAGCGGGGUUGUCAAUGCCAUGCUGCACACCACAGCCACCUUCUCGGCACCCCUGUGUGGGCCUCCCCAAGUGCAGACGUUCUUCUGUGAUGUUCCACAAUUGCUCGCCCUGGCCUGCUCCUACAACAUCGGAGAACUGGUGAUCAUUGGACUCAGUCUGCUGCUGGACUUCGGCUGUUUCAUGUGCAUUGAUUUUUCAUAUAUUCACAUCUGUUUGGCAGUGCUCAGGAUGCGCUCACGUGAAAGCAAGUCCAAGGCACUGUCCACCUGCCUGCCUCACCUUCUGGUGGUCACCCUGUUUCUCUCCUCAGGCUUCUUUGCCUAUUUGCGCCCUUUGCCCAAGUCUCCGUCACUCCUGGACUUGCUGGUCUCCGUGUUCUACACGGUGGUACCACCCACCAUGAACCCCCUCAUCUACAGUAUGAGAAACAAGGACAUGAAGGCAGCACUGAAGAGGCUAGGAAGGACUGGGCACCAUACAUCAUAG